GGAGUGCGCAGCUCAGCCAAUCCGGAAGCGCCCCGGCCCUCGCAGCUCCUCUCGGCCGCGCUCCUAAGCCUGACAGUCUCUGCGGGUUGGGACAGCGGCCGGGGCCAGCGGGCUGGAUCCUGGCUGCAGCGGGGUCCGGAUGGAGGCGGCCAGGAAGCGGAGCAGGGACGAGCGGGGGCGAGCGGCGAGUGUGCCGGACGGCCCCGCAGAGAAGAGUCUGCUGGAUAGGAAAGUCUACAUGGACUAUAACGCCACCACCCCCCUGGAGCCAGAAGUGAUCCAGGCCAUGGCCGAGGCCAUGCAGGAAGCCUGGGGGAAUCCCAGCAGUGCUUACCCGGAAGGCAGGAAGGCCAAGGAGACGAUCAGCGCAGCCCGGGAGAGCCUGGCCAGGAUGGUAGGCGGGAGACCUCAGGACGUGAUCUUCACUUCCGGGGGCACGGAGUCAAACAAUUUAGUCAUCCAUUCUGCCCUGAAACAUUUCCACAAAACCCACAUCUCAGAGGGGGACGCGGCCGAGCAUCCCCGCCCCGUGGCCGGGGCCUUGCCCCACUUCAUCACCUGCACCGUGGAACACGACUCCAUCCGCCUGCCCCUGGAGCACCUGGUGGAGGAACGAGAGGCCGAGGUCACCUUUGUCCCUGUGUCCAAGGUGAGCGGGCAGGUCAAGGCUGAGGACAUCCUGGCGGCUGUGCGCCCGACCACGUGCCUGGUGACCAUCAUGCUGGCCAAUAACGAGACCGGCGUGGUCAUGCCGGUGCCUGAUAUCAGCCGGCGAGUCAGAGCCCUGAACCAGCAGCGGGCGGCCUGCGGGCUGCCUGUGCUGCUCCUGCACACGGACGCCGCGCAGGCCUUGGGGAAGAGGCGUGUGGACGUGUGGGACCUGGGCGUGGACUUCCUGACCAUCGUGGGCCACAAGUUCUAUGGCCCCAGGAUCGGAGCACUGUACGUCCGAGGGCUCGGGGAGCUCACCCCUCUGUACCCCAUGCUGUUUGGAGGUGGACAAGAGCGGAAUUUCAGGCCAGGGACAGAGAACACCCCGAUGAUCGCCGGCCUUGGAAAGGCGGCUGAGCUGGUGGCGGAGAACUGCGAGGCUUACGAGGCGCACAUGGAAACCAUCCGCGACUACCUGGAGGAGAGGCUGGCGGCGGAAUUCGGUAAAAGAAUCCAUCUGAACAGCCGGUUUCCAGGCACUGAGCGACUGCCCAACACCUGUAACUUCUCCAUCCUGGGCCCCCAGCUCCAAGGCCGCUCGGUGCUGGCUCAGUGCAGGACGCUGGUGGCCAGCGUGGGGGCUGCGUGCCACUCGGACCUCGGAGACCGGCCAUCCCCGGUGCUGCUGAGCUUCGGCAUUCCCCUCGACGUGGCCAGGAACGCCAUCCGGCUCAGCGUGGGCCGCAGCACCACCCGGGCUGAGGUGGACCUUGUGGUGCAGGACCUGAAGCAGGCCGUGGCCCGGCUGGAGGGCCAGGCCUAGUGCCCAGGGCUGUGCCCGAAGGAGUCUUGCUGUUGUCCCCCCGCAGGUGGGCUGGGCUCCCUCCCCUCUCAGUGGGGGUGGGCCUGCUGGACACACAGACCCCACUGGUGCUGAGGGGCACAGGUCCAGGUGCCCUUGUGGGACUGUCACUGUCACUGCUGCCCGGUGGCACCAGGUGGAGUGGAAACCCUUUAGCCCUGCCCAUGCUCCCCUGCUGGGCGGGCGCUCAGGACCCUGCCUGGAAGGGGGCAUUUUUAUUCGCAGGAUGGACGUAUUUAUAAUUGACUGUCACCUGCUGUCAUAAAAGUAGGAAACCUGAGUUUCGGCUGCGAUGCCGGCCGCCCACGUGUGUUUGCAGAGGCGGCCCGGCCCGUCUCUCCGCGCCCUCGGACCCCUCCUCGAGCCCUUUCCAGGGAGUGCGGCCACUUUGGUCAAGCCCCCUACCCACUCGGCAUCCUCCGGGCCCCGCCUGUCCCCCUGGCCACGUACCGGCCCCUCAGGCCAUCGGCCAGGGCGCCUCCCACCCCAGCCCCCAGCCCCCAGGCCCCACCGGCCCUUUCCCUUUGGAUGAUGCGCUCAGGGUUUCGGCUCCGCCGGGAGGGUCACGGCGGCCCGUGCCCGUGUGGGGCGGCCCGCGGGCCCCCACUCGGCUGUCCUCACACGGGCCCUCUGGGCUUCAUCCUCUUCGUGGCGGUUGCGUCUUACGGUGACAUUUACAUAGGAACCAUCUCUUAAGUGAAGAGCACUUUGUCGUGUGGUUUUAAGGGCAGAGGACGACAGGGUGACAUUGAGGAAACAGCUGCAGGAAUUAAAUGAACGGACACAAGA